UUCAGUUCUACCGCUGCGCAAAAACACACAGCACUAUUCUUCUUUCUUCUUCUUCUUCUUCUCUCUUUCUUGCUGUUCGUCGUCGACGUCGUCUCCUUUCUCCAGCGGUAUCCACUGCUCAUGGUUCCGCCCUUUCGUUUUCGCCACUAGAUAUUGCUACCCAAUUCGCUUCAGGAUCUCUCCGAGCAGAGGAUUGCUCUCGAUUUUGGGAAAGUGGUGUUGUUUCCUCAAGGGUUAGGAUUUAUGUCCCGUAAUCAAUCCAGGGGUGAGAGGAACGAGUCUACGCAGUACAGGAAAUCCGGCCGAUCUGGUGGUUCUAAUCAGCAGCGCAACUUUCCGGGCGGCGUCUCGAGUAAGGGCGGCGGCGGCGCCGCCGCCGCCGCCCCCGGCACCCCUAAUCCUGCUGGCCGCGGUUCAAAGAAAUACAAUAACAAUGCACCAGGAGGGUAUUCCCGGGCAAGAGGCCCGAAUGUGGAUUCAGACUGGGGGACGAAUCCCGGGCAGAUGAAUCCCGGGCAGAAUGGUCCUCAACAGCAACCUACUAAUAUUGUUGGAGCAUAUGAAGCAACUGCUGCCAAGUCUUCUCCGAACGUCAAACCGACCGAAGUUGUGACUCCAAUAAAUACACAAGAUGCUCCCAAGCCGUCCCCUGGUGUUCCCCCUCUUGCCCCAACAACAAAUUCUUCUGGUACCAGCUCUGAAUCUGGAGCCCCCAAAACGCCUACAAAAGCUUCAGGGGAUCCGGCUAAGUCAUUUCCUCUUCAAUUCGGCUCUAUAAGUCCAGGUUUCAUGAACGGAGGAGUGCAGAUACCUGCUCGGACGAGUUCUGCACCACCAAAUUUGGAUGAGCAAAAGAAGGCUCAGGCACACCUAGACUUUUCAAGGAACACUCCUGCUGCGCCAAUUCCAUCUGUACCUAAGCAACCACUGCCAAGGAAUGCCGGGAAUCCUGACCAAGCUAAGAUUAGCCAAGCUCAACAAAUUCCCAAACCUAAAAAGGAUGCACAUGCUUCAAUUCCACCCUCUGUUACUCAAACUCCGAAGCCUGCUGUAAAUCCUAUCCCUGGCUUGCCCAUACAGAUGCCAUUUCACCAACAGCACGUUCCUGUGCAAUUUGGAGGUCCCGGUCCUCAAAUUCAAUCUCAAGCAAUGUCAGGAACAUCAAUGCCUUUGACAAUGCAGAUGCCUAUGGGUACUCCUCCCUUGCAGCAGCCAAUGUUCAUUCAGCCACACCCCAUGCAGUCCCAAGGAAUGCUGCAUCCCGUCCAAAAUUUUAAUUUCCCUGCACAGAUGGGUCAUCAGCUACCACCUAGGUUAGGGAACAUGGCAAUUAAUGUGGGCUCACAGUUUCCACAACAGCAGGCUGGAAAUUAUGGUAGUUCUCGCAAAUCCGUGAGGAUCACCCACCCAGAAACUCAUGAGGAGUUAAGGCUUGACGGCUCACCUGGUGCAAGGUCACAACCUAAUGUGCCACCUCAAUCACAGCCUAUCUCUUCAUUCCCUCCCAAUCAUCCUAUGAAUUUUUAUACAACUUCUUACGGUGCCAGUCCCAUCUAUUAUCCUCCUGGAAGCUCUGUUCCCAUGAAUAGCACCCAUGCUCAGCCUACUACUCAAUCGCAAAGGUUAUAUAACCAGGUGACAAUAAAGCCACCUGUUACCACUUAUGGGGAGAAAGAGCUGCUUCCAGGAUCUACACCAAAUUCAGUUGGAAAGACAGAGUCCUUGGAAUCUUCAACAUUACAUGAUGCAAAAUCAAUUAGCCAUAAGAAAGAAGUUGACACUUCGUCUUUGAGCUUGUUACCUCGUGCCAAGUCGGGUACAUCAGCAUCCACACCUUCAACAGGCUCAAUGAACAGGGAGAGAGAUGCAUCAACCACUUCAAGUUCUGCUUCAGCUCGUGCAGGUGAUUCUGUGUCUUCAUUGAAGGGCCCUUCUGAUGGAUCAAAAAAGGUUAUUGUGCCUGAUUCCACGAGUGAUAAACCUAACCAGUUGGGCAAUAAAAGCCAGGCAGAUCAGGAUGGAAAUCAAUCAACCUCACUCUCAUUGGCUUCUCCACUGUCAGAAUCUGAACCGUUGAACACAAAAUCUGACCUAUCUAUUUCUAAUUUGGUACCUGAAAUUGCUAAGGAAUCAUCCUCAACAGCUGUUACUUCUUCUGAGAAUGCUAAUCUGAUAAGCAUUGGCUCUGUAGAAGAGAAGGAAGAUGGUUUGUCUAAAAGUUUAGGCACAAAAGAUGUACAUACCAAUAAAUUAAAGCCUGAUAUUAUUGGGAAAGAAAAAGAAGAAGCCAGUAGGUCUGGCAGUUUGGAACUUCACAAGGAUAGUCUGGAAUCAUCUUUAAAGUCUCUUUCUUUGGAGUCUAUAGAACCUACUGGUAAAAUUGAGCCAAGAUCUGAUGAAUUAACAUCAACAACUGGCGAUUUAUCAGAGCGAAGUGAGGAAAAGCCAAAAGAAGCUGCAGUUCUACACUCCACUGAUGUUAAGAUGACCGAUGCAUUACCUUCUUCUACUCAAGUACAAGUUAGUGGAAUUGCUGGGAAUUCUGUACCAGUGAAUUCCUCACCUGCACAGGAUGAUAAAUUUCCUACUCCAGAUGCACCGUCAAGUGUUACAGAUAGCAUUGCGAAGAUGGAAAUAGCUGUUAAGCCUGUUGUGGUAGAUCAGGAGUCUCCUUGUGAUGUUACCUUGAAGUGUGAACAUGAUGAUAUUGACAGUUCUAAUAGCAGCUUAGUUUCUCCUUCAGAAAGCACCAAAGAUAAAGCCUCAUCUGAUGCAAAUGCUGUAAAAACUGCUGUUCCCAGAGCAAAGAAGAAAAAGAAGGAGCUUUACAGGAAAGCAGAGGCCGCGGGCACCAGCUCCGACCUGUACAUGGCGUACAAGGGCCCAGAGGGAAAGAAGGAAGAUGUCGGCUCUGCAGAAAACCCAGAGAAAGAUUCAAGCAUUAGUUCGAAACAGACACCUGAAGAGUCUCAAGAUAGUCUUGUGCCACCGAAGAAACCUGCUGUGCGAGCAGAGCCGGACGAUUGGGAGGAUGCCGCGGAGGCCUCCCCUCAAUUAGGGCCUACGAAGAAUGAAAACCAGACUAAUGAGAGAGAUGCAGUUGGAAUAAUGAGGAAACGAUACACUCGGGAUUUUCUCCUCAAAUUUCAAUACCAAUGCACUGAUCUUCCGGAUGGAUUACAAAUCUCUGAUAUACCUGAGGCAUUGAUGGUUUCCACUGCGAACAUUUUACGUGAACAUCAUAGUCCUGGACGAAAUAUUGACAGACCGGGUAGUGGUCCUAGAGCAGAUCGUCGAUCAAGCAGCUUGGCUGAUGAUGAUAGAAGGACCAGAAUGCCUGGCCCACUUAUGCCAGCCCGUGGCGACAUGUGGACAGAUGUCGGGUUUGGUAAUAAUAUUGUCAGUUUUCGAACUAUGCAAGGAAGUAAUUAUGGUGUUCUGAGGAAUCCAAUGCCUCAAGGUACUGCUCAGUAUGCUGGGGGAAUUCUCGCCGGGCCAAUGCAGACUCAUGGAUCUCAGCUUGGCCUGCAAAGAAAUUAUUCUGAUUCUGAUAGGCAAUGGAGAACUGGUUUCCAGAAAGGUCUGAUGCCUUCUCCGCAAACACCACCUCCGAUGAUGCACAGAGCUGAGAAGAAGUAUGAAGUGGGUAAGGUUACCGAUGAAGAAGAAGCUAAGCAGAGGCAGCUGAAGGGCAUUUUGAACAAGCUUACCCCACAAAAUUUUGAAAAACUAUUCCAGCAAGUUAAACAAGUGAACAUAGAUAAUGUUGUUACACUGUCUGGGGUAAUCUCUCAGAUUUUUGAUAAAGCUCUGAUGGAACCUACAUUUUGUCAGAUGUAUGCAGAUUUCUGCUUUCACCUUGCAGCAGAUUUACCAGAAUUGAGAGUGGAUGAUGACAAGAUUACUUUCAAGAGGUUGCUCCUGAACAAAUGCCAAGAAGAAUUUGAAAGGGGAGAAAGAGAAGAAGAAGAAGCCAAUAAAGCUGAAGAGGAAGGUGAAGUUAAACAGACAGAAGAGGAAAGGGAGGAGAAGAGACUUCGAGUUCGGAGGCGCAUGUUAGGCAACAUUAGACUAAUUGGCGAACUGUACAAGAAGAGGAUGCUAACAGAGAGGAUAAUGCAUGAGUGCAUCAAUAAAUUGUUGGGUCAUAAUCAAGAUCCAGAUGAAGAAAACAUUGAAGCCUUGUGCAAAUUGAUGAGCACAAUUGGGGAGAUGAUUGAUCAUCCACGAGCAAAGGAUCACAUGGAUGCUUAUUUUGACAUUAUGGCACGGCUGUCCAAUAAUAUGCAAUUGUCUUCCAGAGUCAGGUUCAUGCUGAAAGAUGCCAUUGAUCUGAGAAAGAAUAAGUGGCAGCAGAGGAGGAAAGUUGAAGGUCCAAAAAAGAUUGAGGAGGUGCACAGAGAUGCAGCACAAGAGCGGCAGGCACAAACUAGCAGGCUGUCACGUGGUCCCAGCAUGGGAAAUUCUGUUAGAAGAGGUCCAUCCAUGGAUUUUUCUAGAGCUCCUAGUAUGUUAUCUUCUCCAAAUUCCCAUAUGGGCAGCAGCUUUCGUGCUGCCUCUCCCCAAUUGCGUGGUUUUGGGUUCCAGGAUGUUCGGAUAGAUGAAAGACAAUCUUUUGAGAACAGGCCGGUGUCUGUUCCUUUACCCCAAAGAGCCCUUGUGGAUGAUUCCAUAACACUUGGGCCCCAGGGUGGUCUUGUGAGAGGAAUGGGAUUCCGAGGACAGCCUUCACCACACAGUGUUGAUGCUCGGGUGGUGGGCCCUGGUCUAAAUGGCUUCAGUACUACCCCUGAUAGGACACCUCAAGUCCAAAGAGAGGAUCUUAUGCCAAGACAUAUGCCGGCUCGUUUUGGUGCUCCAUCUGAUUCUGAUCAACUGCAUUCACAAGAGCCAAAUGUCAACUCUGGGAAUAGAGAUGUUAGAAGCACAGAACGUGGCUCAGAUAGAUCUAUUUCUACCUCCCAGCAAGGUGGUCCACCCACUAGUAUGGACAAUGUUUCUACAGAAAAUGUCUUUUCUGAAGAGGAAUUGCAGAAAAAAUCAUUGUCUGCCAUCAGAGAAUUCUACAGUGCAAGAGACAACAAUGAAAUGAUUUUAUGCAUCAAGGAACUGAAUUCCCUGAGCUUCUACCCCUCAAUGAUUUCCCUCUGGAUCACGGAUUCUUUCGAGAGGAAAGACCUGGAGCGGGGUCUCUUGGCAAAGCUUCUUACCGACCUUGCAAAACACAAAGAUGGAGUCAUAAACAAAGAUCUACUCGCUAAAGGGUUUGAGUCCGUUCUUACCGUCUUGGAAGACGUCGUCAACGACGCCCCAAAGGCAGCAGAAUUCCUCGGCCGAAUUUUCGCGCAAGCUGUUAUAGAGGAAACCAUUUCACUUUCUGAAAUCGGGCAGUUGAUACUCGACGGUGGAGAAGAGCGAGGGCAGCUCGUGGAAACAGGGUUAGCAGCCGAAGUAAUGGGAAGCUUAUUGGAGAUGAUCAAGGAAGAAAAAUCCGAAGCUGUGUUUAAGGAGAUUCGAUCAAAUUUCCGGUUGCAACUCGGGGACUUCAAGCCGCCCGGCUCUAACAGACCGUCGAGAAUAGAUAAGUUCGUGUAGAGGAAGGAAGGAUAGAAGGGGGAGAUUCUUGUACGGUAUGGUUUACUAAACUAAAAAAUUUUCGGGUAUGAAUUCGACUGCGGCGGCAUUGUAGGGAAUUCUUUGUUCUAUAUUAUUUCGUGCCCAGAAAUUAAUUACAAAGUUUGCAAUGAAAUAUAUUGACAGCUCUAUAUCUAUGGCUAUGGCUAUGGCUAUGGCUAUGGUUUAAAUGCUUCGUUAUGUGUUUAGCUCUGUGGUCUUUAUAAGCUUAUGAUGUUUUGGUUGGGAACUUCUCAGAUCAGAUCAGUGUUCUUUUGAAA